GUGUAAAAACCAUGAAGACAUGGGUUUUAGAAAGAGUCAAGUUGGCCACAAGGGUGGUCGUCAACUCUGUAAGUCCAAACACCUGUCUUCUCAACCAUAUGGGAAGAGUAAGCAUGAUAUAACACAUGAUAACAACUAAUUAGCGGAUUAUCCUAAGCCCUUGACCUCCAAUUUUGAGUUCUAUCCCUAAACCCCAAAUUGUAAACCCUAACUCUAAAUCUCUAAACUCUAAAUCCUUCGAAUUAAAGUAAAUCUUUAAUGAUUUUUAUGAAAAUUCAUGUGCGUUAUUGUUCAUCACAUCAUAAGUGACGAUUGACAUCAUUUUAACAUAAAUCACAUGUUUAAAAUAACGGUUAUGAAGCGAGUGCACUGAAUGCACCAAAUACACCACCAUAUAAUAUGGUGGCUACUUCGGUGCACUUACUUUUUUGGGUGCACUCAGUGCACCAACUCUAAAAGUGUCCAUAAUAUAUCAAAUUUUGAACUUUAAUUAGUAUUCUCAAUCUAAUAUGAUGAUAUGACAUAGAAUCAUAACAAAUCAAUCUAAUACCCUAACCCCUUAACUUUCAAUUUUGAAUCCCAACUCAAAAUCCCAAAUUGUAAACCUAAACCCUAACCCUAAAUCCCUAAAUCCUAAAUCCUUUGAAUUAAAGUAAAUUGUGAAUGGAUUAUUUUCAAAUUAAUGUGCUUCUUGUUCAUAAUAUCAUAAGCAACAAUUGAUACCAUUUUGACAUGAAUCGCAUGCUCAGAAUGACAAUUAUGAGGCGGGUACACUGAGUGCACCUGAAAAAGUGGGUGCACCGAGUACUCUAUAUUAUAUAUAUAUAUAUAUAUAUAUAUAUAUAUAAAUAAAUAUAAGGAACUACUCUUAGUGGUGCAGACACGAGUGUGUAUAAGGCGAGAGAGUUCAAAACCAUACAUGUUCAAUACUAUCAAUGUCUUUGUGAAUAAGAUUCAUACCCAUUCCAUACUCGAUCAAUGUGAAGAAUCGAAAAUUCCACGCGUUGAUUUAACCGAAAGCGGUCAAAUACCCCGAUCAUGGGUUGGAUUACCACCCUUAUGUAGUCGCCGACCUCUCUUUCAUAUAGCAAAAGCCCAAAUUUCCUUCCAGAAGCCCAUUCCGGAAAGCCCAAAUCACAAACCUCCGCAAAAUCAACGAUCAAUGAUUUGUCCAAAAGCCCUCUUUCCUAUCUCUCUCUCUCGCCAGUCCUGCUUCCCACUUUCUGAUCGGCGAAGAGAAGAGCAAUGUGGCGCUCCAUUGAUGCUCACCUCAGAACCGUCCGCUUGCCCCUACGUACUUUCCUUUACGCUCAGGCCAACCCUAAUUCCCUGCUCCACCUUCCUUCUCCGAUCAGGCCUCGCACCGAUUCUCGGUCCCACAGCUCCCUGACCACCUCCGUCGUCUGCUCCGCUCCAUUUCCCGUCCUCGGUUUCUGUAAUGGCGGCCGCCAGGUAGCUGUUACUGGCAUUGGGAUGUGCCGCGGGGGCGGAAGUUUGGUGAUUGCGAGGUGCUUGUCCUCGCUGUCUUCUUCGCUGCGGCAGCAGCCAAGUGGCGGUAUGAACUGGAGCGAGCCGGUGUUGUGCUCUGAAGUUGGAGAUGGUACCGCGGAAGCUGGCGAGGGAAAUGGUUCCGUGGAGGAGGAUGCCAGGCCGGCGAUUCCCGUUCGUGCUUUUUUCUUCUCCACUAGUGUGGAUUUGAAGAGCUUAGUGGAACAAAACAAGCCGAACUUCAUCCCGCCUACAUCGCGUAUGACUAAUUAUGUUCUUCUCAAGUUUGGGGAUCUUUGCUCGACAAGUGGUUUGGGCACUUGCAUAGGAGGGAGUGAUUGCUGUUACAUGGUGGUCUUUCAAUAUGGAUCUAUCGUCUUGUUUAAUGCCCGUGAACAUGAAGUCGAUGCUUACUUGAAAAUUGUCAGAAAUCAUGCAUCGGGAGUGCUCCAUGAGAUGAGAAAGGAUGAGUAUGAGGUGAGAGAGAAGCCGAAUCUUGACACUUGGAUGCAAGCUGGACUUGAUCAUAUAAUGUUGCAGUUUCUGAACAUUGAUGGGAUUCGUACAAUUGGUAGUGUUCUUGGUCAAAGUAUUGCUCUUGACUACUAUGGACGCCAGGUCGAUGGAAUGGUUGCUGAAUUCACUGACAUCAAUCGUGGGAUGGAGAAAACCGGAACAUUUUCCAUGGAUAGCAAAAAGCUUUUCCAAUUAGUUGGCAAAGCAAAUUCUAAUCUUGCUGACAUUAUUCUGAAGCUGGGGCUUUUUGAGAGAUCCGACAUAGCAUGGAAAGAUGCAAAAUUCGGUCAGAUAUGGGAAUACCUCAGAGAUGAAUUUGAAUUAACUCAGAGGUUUGCAAGUCUUGAUUUCAAGUUGAAGUUUGUGGAGCAUAAUAUCCGUUUCCUUCAGGAGAUUCUGCAGAACAGGAAAUCAGACUUCCUCGAAUGGCUCAUCAUUGUAUUAAUCAGUGUUGAAAUCAUUAUAUCUGUUUUCGACAUUUCACACAGGUCAGGAUUCAAGUUGCUCUAGUCUAGAUAUUAUAAGUUUUAGCUUUAAGCUUCUUCGCCUAGAAGGUGAAGGAAGUAAACCCCUAGCUGAUUGAAAUAGGUGCCUCACUCGUUGUAUAUCUAUCUUGUCCUUGUAAAUAAUUGACAAUUUCGAGUUACUCUGGCAUAUGCUUCAGGCUGUCCUUGUGAUCCACCGCUAAUCAAUGAUUCAUAUACCAUUUACUUGACAGACGAAUGUAGCGAUGUAAAUGCUAGAUGCUUGUUUAUUGGAAUUUUUAGCUAAGAUAGGAAUUUUUACCCGGCAUGAAGUUUGAAAUCCUUACAAGUUGCAACAAAAUUGUAUGUGUAGG